AUGUCCGCUGAAGAACAACGCGCGGCCUCACUCCGAGAUGCCGAGAAAAAGGCUGUCGAGCUAUUCAACGAGAUCGAGAAAAGUCUGAUCCGCCCUGGCAUCAGCGAGAAAGAGUUGAACAACGAAAUCCAUGCUCUCGGUGCUGAGCGUCAUGGCGUGAGGACUCAUUGGCACAAACGAGUGAUUCGCAGUGGGCCCAACACAUUGAGGCCAUUCGAGGAUAACCCUCCCGACAGGAUUAUUCAGCAAGAUGACAUCCUCAUCGUCGACCUUGGGCCUGUCUUUGAAGAGUGGGAGGCUGAUUUUGGCCGCACUUUUGUUUUGGGAAACGACCCUAAUAAGAUCAAGCUGCGCGACGCCCUCGAGCCAAUCUGGAUCGACGUCAAAGCCAAGUACUGCGAGAAUCCAGAUAUGACGGGAGAACAACUCUACAAUAUUGCCAAGGAAGCUGCUGAGAAGGAGGGUUUUGAGUUUGGUGCGCCGAUUGCGGGACAUAUUGUUGGGUCUUUUCCGCAUGAACGCAUUCCCAAGGACAAGAUUACCCUUUACAUCGCGGAAGGGAAUAACAACUCUAUGGACACGGUUGGCAAGGAUGGGAAUAAGAGGCACUGGAUUCUUGAGAUUCAUUUGCAUAACAAGGAGCUUGGGUUUGGUGGAUUUUAUGAGCAGUUGUUGACAGCUUGA